AAUUUGUUUUUUCGCUGUCGCUUCGCUGGUGUUUGGGUGGGUGUGUUGGACGACUGGUGUUUGUUUUAAAAAAUGGAUAUAAGAAAGUUUUUCAAAGGGACUUUAAAAAGAAAAAAAGCAGAAACUAGUAGUGAAAGUAGUGAUGACGAGAAAAAGGAAGAAAGUUCGCUGGCGCUGGCUCAAGCUGGAUCUUUUAGAGUUCAAAAUACACCUGAAGUGGCUGCAGAUGAAUUCGUUUGUGAUAACGAUUUAGGCAAAUGGGUAGGGCGAACUUCUUUGAUGACCACAAGUCAAAAAUUGGAUAUGCUUAAACGUUGUUGGGUGCCCCCUGAAAAUUAUGACUUUUCUAAGGAUGCCAAAGCUGCUGAUCUGCAGCGAAAAUUCAAUCAUAGUUGGUUGCAAACUUAUUCGCCCUGGCUUGUUUAUUCGAAACAUCUUAAAGGUGCGCUGUGUUUAUAUUGCGUACUAUUCCCUCCAAAGACAGUUGUUGGAGUUUUGGGCUCAUUCGUAAUUCGACCUUUUUGCUGUUUCAAAUAUAUUCAUGAAUACUGCGUUAAGCAUGUCUCAUCACAAUAUCAUAAAUCAGCAGUUACCGAUGCAAAACAUUUGUCGGAGAAAAUGCCUGUGGAUAUAAUGAUGAAUACUGCUCACCAGAAAGAAAUUGAGACAAAUAAAAAGAUACUGGCAUCUAUAAUUUCUUCAGUAAUUUUUUGUGGCACUCGCGAUUUACCUUUGAGGGGUAAACAGAAUCAUGAAGGCAUUCUUGAAGACCUUCUAAAUCUAAAAAUUGAAUCUGGUGAUCAAGAUUUAAAGAAGCAUUUAGAACGUGGCAAAAAAAUGCUAUGUAUACUUCCCCACAGAUACAAAACGAAAUUAUUGAAUUGUGCGGUUUGGUCGUAGAAUGAAAUUAUACAGGAAGCAAAGAAAGCUUAUGCGUAUAGUGUCAUGGCAGAUGAGUUAUGUGAUAUAGCGGGUAAAGAACAACUAUCUAUCGGAAUCCGUUUUUUUGACGAAGAUCAAAAUAUAAUACGUGAAGAAUUUCUAGGAUUUGUAGAAUUAGAGGCCAUGGAUGCUAAUACAAUUGCGACAGAAAUUGAUAAAUGCUUAGAAAGCGCCGGACUAGAAUCCAAUAAGUGCGUAGGCCAAGGCUACGAUGGCUGUUCGACUAUGGCGGGGAGUAUUAGCGGCGUACAAAAAAAAAUAGAGAUAAAUAUAAAAAAGCCUUAUACUUUCAUUGCGCUAGCCAUAGCCUUAAUUUGGUAAUAAAUGACUUGAACCAAGUUCCAGAAAUUCGUA